ACCCUUGCCUUACCGCGGGACAUCGACUAAUCAAUCCUUUGUCCACCCAGCAAGCAGAUAGAUCUCAAUCCUUCACCAACUGAGAUCCUUCACCUUAUCGACUGCUCCAUUCCCGCCUCGCCUGAAUCUUUCCCCGCUCAGUGCCGCCUCACCUCUGCGCUGUCUCUCGUUACGCUUCUCCCAAUCUGAAACACGGCUUCUCCUCAGCCAUCAUUACUCGUCGUGCUGGUCGGACCCUGCUAGGGCAUCAGAGUCGACCCUGGCGAAACAUUGUUCCUACUGUCUGGGGUGUCUUGGAGGAUUUCGACGAGGUCCCAGGGGCUUCACCACACCCGCGCCGUAUCCCAGUGACCGACGCACGCUGUACGCGAUGCUCAAAAAGAAGACCUUACAUCCUCCUAUACUCUUUCGACAUCAUACUCCCAGCACAACGCCUGAGCUCUCUCCCACGACAUCCUCAUCGGACAGCGAGUCGGACGAGGACAUGGACUCCUCCGGUUCGCGUCCGUUGAGCCUGACAGUUCCGGGUGCAUUUUGUUCCAUGCGACCCUCGCUAGACGAGGUGCUUGCGAACACUGCACCUGCACCCUACACCCUCAGCGCCUUCAUGGCUUAUCUCUCACAGAAUCAUUGUCUGGAGACCCUGGAGUUCACCCUCGAGGCCAAGCGGUACCGGGAGACCUACGAUGCCCUGAGCCGCCAGAUGAACGAAUUGCCUAUCGUCUCCGACCGCCCCGAAAGCCAGCAUCUGCAAAUGCUCUGGCAGCGAUUGUUGACUGCGUACAUCUUGCCCGGAUCGCCGCGUGAGAUCAAUGUCUCCAGCGAGGUCCGCGAUGAUAUUCUUCGACACACAAACUUUCCCAUCCCCCCUCCUCCUGAUUGCCUGAACACUGCUGUCAAACUCGUCCACGACUUGAUGGAAGAAUCGAUCUUUCUGCCAUUCCUCAACGCCCAUGCCUCGACCGCCCACGUGCUGCCCUUAUCGGAGCCGUUAUUCUCACACGAGGACGAUAUCACGGUCAUUUCGAACUCGAGUCUCGACGAACAUGCAGCCAACCGCGGUCGGUCAAAGCGGAGGCGGCAGUCGCCCCAGUCUUCCAAAGAUAUGGGAUCCCCGGUGUCCGUCGGUUCUCCGUCUAGCCACUCCGGCCGCUCCAAUUUCUCAUUGAGCGCCAUGACUUCUAUGGGAAAGGUGGGCCAUCGGACCUCAGGUCAAGUCUCUAGCACCAGCGGAGAUUCUGGGUCGGGAGCUUUGACCGAUGACUCCGGAAGCUUGCAGUCAAGUGCGAGCGCUGGUGAGCCGAUGACGCCGCCGACAACGCCGCCUUCCAGCGAUCCCCACUGCAUGCACCUGGCCCACAGCCCGAAGCGCACCGACAACCCAUGGAAGAAGAUGGGGCUGAAGUUGGGAUUCAAGAAGCGCUCGGGACAUGGAGGUUCAGGAAAUCAACAAUUCAGAUUGUCUGGUAUGGAUGAAUGACUGGCCGUUCCCAGUCGGCAAACAGCCAUCUCACCAGCGAAACCAGACCCUCUCUGGCAGAGCAUUCAAACUCUGAUUUCCCUUCUCAUUCACAAACCUUCCUCACUUUCUAUCCUCACAGGGCAGCCGAAAUUGGCGU